CGUCCUCCGCUACACGCCGAAGGGUCAGUCCCGAGAACAGCCCGGAACACAUCGAACCGCCUCGCAUUGCCGAGAGCCUUCCCUGCCCCUGCCCCCCGCCACGCGCCCACGCGCCCAGGACCCCAACGAGGAAAGAAUCACAAUCAACAGAAACUUAGGCGGCGCCGACCCUCGCUCUGCUUCGACCCGCCGCCCUCGGUCCACCCCCGUCUGCACUCUGCCCGGAGAACGCGCCGCGACAGAGUAAUACUGUAUACUCUGGAGAGGAUCGGGUUGCAGUGGGCAGUGGAGGAUGGAGCAUCAUCAGCACAGACCGUUUUCGGAUCGGGCAUCCACAUCCACUCAUCCUUCCACUCGAUCACCUCCCCCAACACCUAAACAACAACAACAACUCUCUUCUGCUCCGUCCAUUACCUCUCAGCGUCACUCUUAUUCUCAUCCCCACUCACCCCCUACUGCCCGCUCGCCCACCUCUCCUCGCUAUCGGCCCUCCUCAUCCUCCGUCACCUCCCCCGCACCACCACUCCCUUCCUCCAGACCACGCUCCACCUCUCCCAUCCACCCGCCCGCACGCAGAACCCAUCACGACUUUGAAAAGGCUCUUCUGCACCCAGACGACGUCCUCUACAUCAGCAGCAGCAGCUCCCUUCUUCUCGAGAGCGAGCGCGACGAGUCUGCGGACGACAACGCCGACGACCAAGACGACGAGCUCGAGUACCAAGACGUAAGUGAGGAGAUUGACGACUCCCACUCCCUCGCACCCCUCGACUCGGCCUCCACCAAUCCACUCGAAGCCAAUCCCGCUCCGCACGCACCACCCAAAGCAGGCGCCGUCGAGCACGAGCACCAUACGCACAGGCACUUGCCCACUACCGCCGGCGCUUCUCCCCCUUCUCCCAAGACCCUUGCGCCGCCCGUCGGACCAGCUCUCACAGUCGACCUCGACGUAUUAGGCGACCGGCGCGAGCCCACGCCAAGACCCCGUCUGCUCAGCCGCUCCAACUCGGCCUCGGACGCCCACAGGUACUCUGAUUCCGGGGUUAGUGCCGCCUCCGCCUCCGCCUCCGCCUCCGCCUCGACACUUCGGUCGUUCGAUAACGACCCGGCCCCCCCUGGCGCGUACAGAGGCGUAUUUAAAGGCUUGCACAGGAGCAUGUCUGGGUCUGCCGCACACCCCGCCGCAUACGCCCGUCGCGAGUCUCUCGCGUCGACCGGCUCUGGCGCCAGCAGCUCGGCAAGCGCGACAGCACGAGUAGCGAGGAUGUCGGCCCGCAAGAACUCGGGGCAUCAUCUAAGCCUUGGUCUCGAUGGUGAGUGCAUACCUCGGCGUCGGGCGCGCAGCGAAUGGUGCAUGUUGCGCCGCUGAGUUUUGCGAACGCAUCGAUGCUCAAUGCUGCAUGGCGGGGGGAGAAAAUGUCGGCAUGACUUGGGCAAGGAGCAGCGGAGACGUGCCUUCAUGAGCGCGGAAGCCAGGGCGCGCGGGGAGGACGCGAGGGGCUCGGUCAUUGCUGCAUGGCCAUGGCUGCAAGACUGACGCGGUGGACAGUCACCUUGUGGCUUGCAUGGCUUGCAUGGCUUGCAUGGCUUGCGAGCCAUAGGACCAUGGGUACUGCUGGCGUCGAUGUGGACGGGAACGCGUGCAUGGCAUACU